CCGUUUCAAAAAAGCAAAUAUGAGUUACUUUUUUAUAAUUUAAUCAAUAAUUUAAUCACUUUUUCCAUAAUUUAAUCAAAUCCCAAAUACCCUCUAAAUUGUGUUAUGAUUUCCCCUCCAUUCAUUCCUUCUGAGUUCUCUCCCGAAUUCGUCCCUGUCAAUUAUUCUAACUCCUUAACAUUGAAGAGAUGUACAGAAGUAGGUCUGCACGAUCUUCCUCCUACCAUGACACAGCCAUUAGGCUCUCGGAUUCGGAGAAGAUUGAAGGUGCCGGUAGCUGGGACGCCAUUGAAUGGACCAAAAUUGAACCUAUUUCAAGGUCUGUGUCGCAGGGAGUUAAAAAGUUCUUGCUCCAGGCUGAGAAGGUCAUCGUGGAGGAAAAUGGCGUUGUUCUUGUUAACACAGAUGAAGCCGGAACACUCUUUGUUACAAAUUUUCGUCUUCUUUUUUUGAGUGAAGGAUCAAGGGACAUCAUUGCACUGGGCACUAUACCACUGGCAACAAUUGAGAAGUUUAACAAAACUGUUUUGAAGCCUCCAUCAGCAGCUCGUCAGUCUGACAAGAACCCAUCCCAACGACUGCUUCAGGUCAUAGGCAAAGAUAUGAGAAUUAUUGUUUUUGGUUUUAGGCCUCGAACGAAGCAGAGACGUGCAGUAUACAAUGCAUUGUUGAAGUUCACAAAGCCCACAAGACUUUGGGAUCUCUUUGCUUUUGUUUCUGGCCCUUCCAUGUUUGUUAACGGAGAUCCAAAUGUUCGAUUACUAAAUGAGUACUUUCGGCUCUUGGGGUUACGAUCAUAUCAUGCUUCACUUAGAACCAUUGAAGAUGGGUCUUUCACAUUGUCUAACGAGUGGUGGAGAAUAAGCAAUGUGAACUUUAAUUAUUCACUUUGCUCGACCUAUCCAUUUGCCUUGCUGGUUCCAAAAUCUAUUAGUGAUGAUGAAAUCCAGCAAGCCUGUACAUUUCGCGCACGUUGUAGGCUUCCAGUAAUUUCAUGGACUCAUCAUGGAACUGGGGCUGUUCUGGCACGCUCAUCUCAACCCCUUGUUGGUCUCAUGAUGAAUCUUAGAAGCAACGUCGAUGAAAAGCUUGUUGCUGCACUCUGCUCUCAAUUUGCCGGAGGACAACAGAGGAAACUAUACAUCGCUGAUGCAAGACCUAGAAAAAAUGCUCUUGCAAAUGGAGCAAUGGGAGGUGGAUCUGAGUCGUCUUCUAAUUAUUUUCAAUCAGAGAUCGUUUUCUUUGGAAUAGACAAUAUACAUGCAAUGAGAGAGAGCCUAGCUCGGCUUAGAGACUACUUGGAUACUCAUGGGACCACCUCAUCAGAUGGAAUGUCAUCAUUUUUGAGGCAUGGCGGGUGGACAUGGGGAGGUGGUAACCUCAGCAGUAUGUCUGCUUCAGUUUCAACUCUUGGAGAUACUGGUUGGUUAAUACAUAUUCAAAGUGUCCUAGCUGGUUCUGCUUGGAUUGCUGCACGUGUUGCACUGGAAUCAGCUUCAGUGCUUGUCCAUUGCAGCGAUGGAUGGGACAGAACAACACAACUGGUAUCACUUGCCAGCUUGUUGCUUGAUCCAUAUUACCGGACAAUCAAAGGAUUCCAGGUACUCAUAGAAAAGGAUUGGCUUGCAUUUGGUCAUCCAUUUUCAGAUCGUGCUGGAUUGCCAGCUUUAUCUGGAAGUGGGGACAUGCCGUCUGAGUUAACUAGACAGGUUUCGGUUGGGAGCUCGUCUCCCCUUCGCCAAUCGUCGGGCAUGUCUGCAUCUCCGAAUCCAAAUUCUUCACACGGCCAUAACAAUUGUUCCCCUAUUUUCUUACAGUGGAUCGAUUGUGUUUCACAGCUUUUGCGGAUGUAUCCUUCUUCCUUUGAGUUCUCCUCUGCAUUUCUGGUAGAUGUAUUGGAUUGCAUGCUUUCUUGUCGGUUCGGAAACUUUUUGUGCAAUAGUGAGAAAGAAAGGCAACAAGCUGGUAUUGCUGAUGCAUGUGGAUGUUUAUGGGCAUAUUUGGAUGAUUUACGGUCUAUAGAAGGAAGUUCACACGUACAUUACAAUGUUUUCUAUGAUCCGUUGAAACAGGGAGGGGCAUUGCUACCUCCAGCUGCAGCUUUAGCUCCCACACUUUGGCCUCAAUUCCAUCUUCGAUGGGCUUGCCCUUCAGAGGCUCAAGGUGGUGAUGUGGAAGCACAGUGCCGAAUCCUCACUAGGAAAUUCUCUGGUAUGCAAAAGGCAAAGGAAGCUGCAGAAACAAGAAUCAAAGAAAUGGCAGCAAACACAAAACAUCUCUCUGCCGAGUUGCAAAACGAGAAACUCGUGAGUAGCUCAGCCAUUGACUCGGCAAAGAGAGCCAACAGGGAUCGUGUUGCCAUAACACGUGCCGUACAAUCACUGGGCUGCAAAGUACACAUCUCAGCAGAUGGUGACUGUAGCAUUGACAUCGAGAACAACCCUAAUCAAGUUCCUCAAAACUCUCUUCACUCUCCCUCAAGAAAUGAAAAACACCUGAGUUAUGGUGAUGAUGAGGUCAGCCCAGAUGACCCACCGAGCGACCCAUUUGGCCGAAUAUGCGAAUCGUUAUGCCCGAUGUGCACGAAAGAGGGAGGGUGCAGGUGGCCCAAUGCUGGGUGCACUCAGUUCGGGAGCCAAUGUGUUGGUUUUAAAGCAAAUUUUGAAGCGUUUGACCGGCUUUCUAUAUUCGACACUUAUUUCGAGUCCUAACAGAUGAUGAUAUAAUCAGAGGGCAGUGGGUUUUGCUUUUGAGGCUGUAAAUACGAAAGGUGUCUGAGUUGUAGGGAGAUUUGUGGAUGCUGAGAUUCUAAAACAAGAUGCUAACAAUGGAAGGUAGGCAAUACACAGUAUUGAGUUAGGGACAUAGUUUCUUUUGGGUUGUAAAGAGUUAUGUGUAGAUAUAAAUAAGGACACUCCAUUUUG